AUGGGGAAGAAGGCAGUGCAGUCAGGUGUGUUGCCUCCGCUUCGCUCGAUCUUGAAACACCCAACGGUGAAACAGACGGAUGUGAUAGCGAAGAUAAGGGAGAGACCCGUUUUGGGGAUGAGGGGCACAGGGUACGCUCCCAACGUGCAGCAGCCGCUGGGGUCGAGGAGGGAGCCGCGCCAAGUGGAGGUCGUUGACGUGGAGAGGAUUAUCGCGAGGAGUGUCCCGCAGAGACAAGACGGUGCCCUUGCAAGUGCAAAGGCGCAAUUGCGGAUCAAGUAUUUCUCAGAGUCCCUCAGACAGGAGGAGCAACGGUUGGUCAAGUGUGCGGAGAUGAUCCGUGAGAAACAGGAGAAGAUGGAACAGCAACGGGAAUUGGAGUUGAGGGAACUCGCUAGGGAGAAAUUGUCGGACUUGACUAUCCCAAGUCUCCCGCACAUUAUAUCCUCAGAGGUGCCCUUCAUGCGAGAUAGAACUCCAGAGGAGAAACAGUUGCUUGCGGCGAAGAGAGAGUACAACAGAAACUACAGAGAGUAUUUGACUCGCCAAGAAAAGCUCGAGAAACUGUUGAAGUUGUACUACGCAAGCGAAGAGUUCAUAGUCACAGAACAGCAACUGACGUCCCGGCUGGACAAACUCAUCCCGAUCAGAAGACUCGUCACAAACAUAGAGGAGACUAGAAGGGCACACUUGGAGACUCAGCUCGCCGACUCCUUGUUCGGUACCAUCCAACAGCAGAAACCGGGGGUCCCCAUGGUCAGGGAGUACUUGGACGACUCUGCGAAACAGUUCGCUGCAGAGAUGGACGCAAAAUUGUCAAAGUAA